AACCAAUGUAGUUAUUAUUAUUUUAUUAAAAUAAAAAAUACAAAUCCGUCAUUCACAUGGAACUUUCUCGACAUAAGAUGUAACGCAGUAGCUUCUCGCCCCUUUCUUUCUAUUUUUUCCCCUAGCUUUCUCUCUCUCUCUCCUUCAUCCUUAUAUUUCCAACGGAACCUUCUAGAACCACCAUAACAUCAUUCUGCCCUUCCCUCGCGUUUCAACACCGAUAACCCGCAAAAAUCUCCAUUGAUCUGCGCCUCCUGUUCCAUGGCAAAGCUGCCUGUGGAAUACAACGGCGACUGCGCCACCACCGCCUCAGCAUCCGCCUCCGCAGCCGCGGAGUCUCAGAGAUCCAUUCCCACGCCGUUUCUCACCAAAACCUUUCAACUCGUCGACGACCAAUCCAUCGACGAUGUUAUUUCCUGGAACGACGACGGAUCAACGUUUAUCGUCUGGAACCCUACCGUCUUCGCCAGAGACUUGCUUCCUAAAUAUUUCAAACACAACAAUUUCUCUAGCUUCGUUCGCCAGCUCAACACUUACGGAUUCAGAAAAGUUGUACCUGAUCGGUGGGAGUUCUCGAACGAGUAUUUCCGCCGAGGCGAGAAGCGGCUUCUGUGCGAAAUUCAGCGGCGGAAGAUCUCCUCGCCGGCGUCGUCUCCGACGGCGCCGGCGACGGUUUCGGUCACUGCGCCGAUGCCGUUGACUGCGAUACCGAUCAUAUCGCCGUCGAACUCCGGCGAGGAGCAGGUGACGUCGUCGAACUCAUCGCCGGCGGAGCUUCUCGACGAGAACGAGCGACUGAGGAAAGAGAACGUUCAGUUAACGAAAGAGCUCGCGGAGAUGAGAUCGCUCUGCAACAAUAUUUAUUCUCUCAUGUCAAAUUAUGCAAACGCCAACGGAAAAGGAAACAGCAACGGCAGUUACAAAACUAAAGGCGGCGCCGGUGUCGCGCACGGAAGUUUAGAGUCCGGCAUGACGGCGGUGAAGCUGCUGGAUUUGAUGCCGGUGAUGCGAAGCUCCGAUGAGGACGCGGCGGAGAUGGCGCCGGAGGAGAUGAAUCCGAAGCUGUUUGGUGUGGCGAUUGGAGCGAAGCGAGCGAGAGAGGGAGGAGGUGGUGGAGAUUGUGGAGGUGGAGGAGAGGAAGAUACGCUGCUGCGCCUGCAUCACGCGGGUUCUGCGGACGUGAAAUCUGAGCCGUUGGAUUUCCAGAACCAUCGCGAGAAUCAGAAAACGCCGUGGUUGAGUCCGUGUUACAGGACAAAUCAAAGAGUGUGCAACUGACACGCGGCGACGGUUAAGCAAAGGAAACAUUUUAGAUUAGAUUACGUAGUGGCGUAGGGAAUCCGAGACCGGCACGCGGAGACGUCACGUGCGUCGUUUAACCGUUUGGGACCGAUUCCCAGAAGUUUCUCAGAAGUCGGAGGAAAACGAUACUUUGUAGUCCUUUUUUCUUCUCUCUCUCUUUUUUUUUUAUAUAAAUAUAUUUUUUUUGUUGCAUGAAAUUGGACUUGGACUGUAGCUAUGCCUUUGAGGGUAGUGUUAAAUAUUUCAUUUAGUUCUAUAAAUUAUUUUACUUGCCAGGGAAAA